AUGGGGCUGGCAGGCUAUGGGGAUGGCAGGCUAUGGGGCCGGGCAUGUUUCUCACCCCCUUUCCCUCCUCUCUCCGCAGACGAUGUCUCCCCAUACUUUAAGACGGAGCCGGUGCGGAGCCAGGUCCACCUGGAGGGGAACCGCCUGGUCCUGACGUGCAUGGCGGAGGGCAGCUGGCCCCUCGAGUUCAAGUGGCUUCACAACAGCCGGGAGCUGACCAAGUUCUCCCUGGAGUACCGGUACAUGAUCACCUCGCUGGACCGCACACACGCCGGCUUCUACCGCUGCAUCGUCCGCAAUCGGAUGGGAGCCCUGCUGCAGCGCCAGACCGAGGUGCAGGUGGCCUAUAUGGGGAGCUUUGAGGACAGCGAGACGCAGCAGAGCGUGUCCCACGGGGAGGCAGCCGUCAUCCGUGCGCCCCGCAUCGCCAGCUUCCCCCAGCCCCAGGUCACUUGGUUUCGUGACGGCCGAAAGAUCUCCCCCAGCAGCCGCAUAGCCAUCACGCUGGAGAACACCCUCGUCAUCCUCUCCACCGUGGCCCCAGACGCGGGACGUUACUACGUGCAGGCGGUGAAUGACAAGAACGGGGACAACAAGACGAGCCAGCCCAUCACGCUGACCGUGGCCAAUGUGGGUGGCCCGGCUGAUCCCAUCGCACCCACCAUCAUUGUCCCACCCAGGAACACCAGUGUGGUGGCCGGGACCUCGGAGGUGACCAUGGAGUGUGUGGCCAACGCCAGGCCGCUGAUCAAGCUGCACAUCAUCUGGAAGAAGGACGGGGUGCCCCUCUCCAGCGGCAUCAGCGACUACAGCCGCCGGCUCACCGUCCUCAACCCCACGCUGAGCGACAGCGGCUACUACGAGUGCGAGGCCGUGCUCCGCAGCAGCAGCGUGCCCGCCGUGGCUGAGGGUGCCUACCUCUCCGUCCUGGAGCCACCACAGUUCGUCAGGGAGCCGGAGAGGCACAUCACAGCCGAGAUGGAGAAGGUGGUGGCCAUCCCCUGCCAAGCCAAAGGUGUGCCCCCCCCCGAGAUGGCCUGGUACAAGGAUGCUGCCCUCAUCCGCCUGGAGAAGCUGUCCCGCUUCCAGCUCCUGGCGGACGGCAGCCUGCAGAUCAGUGGGCUGGUCCCCGACGACACCGGCAUGUUCCAGUGCUUUGCCCGCAACGCGGCCGGCGAGGUGCAGACCACCACGUACCUGGCCGUGACCAGCAUCGCCCCCAACAUCACCAGGGGUCCCCAGGACAGCACGGUGAUUGAUGGCAUGUCCGUAAUCCUCAACUGUGAGACCUCGGGGGCUCCGCGCCCAGCCAUCACGUGGCAGAAAGGGGAGCGGAUCCUGGCCAGCGGCUCGGUGCAGCUCCCGCGUUUCACCCUGCUGGAGUCAGGCAGCCUGCUCGUCAGCCCCGCGCACCUCGCCGACGCCGGCACCUACGCCUGCCUGGCCACCAACUCCCGCGGCGUGGACGAGGCGUCUGCCGACCUGGUGGUUUGGGCAAGGACACGUAUCACCGACCCACCGCAGGACCAGAGCGUCAUCAAAGGGACCAAAGCCGUCAUGAGCUGCGGGGUCACCCACGACCCCAGCGUGGACAUCAGGUACGUCUGGGAGAAGGACGGGGCACCGCUGAGCCCGGAGAGUGGCCCACGGGUGCGCCUGGACGAGAUGGGCACCCUGCACAUCUCCCAGACCUGGUCGGGCGACAUCGGCACCUACACCUGCAAGGUGGUCUCCGCCGGGGGCAACGACUCGCGCAGCGCCCACCUCCGCGUCCGGUACUGCCUGGCUGGGUUGCCUGUGGGCUACCAGUUCAAGAACAUCACCAAUGCUGACGUCAACAACCUGCUCCUGGAGGACCUCAUCAUCUGGACCAACUAUGAGAUUGAGGUGGCGGCAUACAACAGUGCCGGCUUGGGGGUGUACAGCAUGAAGGUGACCGAGUGGACGCUGCAGGGAGUCCCCACGGUGCCGCCGGGGAACGUGCAGACCGAGGCCACCAACUCCACCACCAUCCGCUUCACCUGGAACCCCCCCAGCCCCCAGUUCAUCAACGGCAUCAACCAGGGGUACAAGCUCAUCGCCUGGGAGCCGGACCACGAGGAAGAGGCAACGGUGGUGACGGUGCGGCCCAAUUUCCAGGACAGCGUCCACGUGGGCUACGUGGCCGGGCUGCGGAAAUUCACCGAGUACUUCACCUCGGUGCUGUGCUUCACCACGCCGGGGGACGGCCCGCGCAGCCCCCCCCAGCUGGUGCGCACCCACGAGGACGUGCCUGGCCCCGUGGGACAUCUCAGCUUCAGUGACAUCCUGGACACGUCCCUGAAAGUCAGCUGGCAAGAGCCGCUGGAGAAGAACGGCAUCCUGACGGGCUACCGGAUCUCCUGGGAAGAAUACAACCGCACCAACACGCGGGUGACGCAUUACCUGCCCAACGUCACCCUGGAGUACCGCGUCACCGGUCUCACCGCCCUCACCACCUACACCAUCGAGGUAGCUGCCAUGACGUCCAAGGGCCAGGGCCAGGUCUCCUCCUCCACCAUCUCCUCCGGGGUACCACCAGAGCUCCCCGGUGCGCCCACCAACCUGGGCAUCUCCAACAUCGGACCCCGCUCCGUCACCCUCCAAUUUCGCCCCGGCUACGACGGCAAAACCUCCAUCUCCCGCUGGCAGGUGGAGGCACAGGUGGGCCAGAGCGGCGAGGCUGAAGAGUGGGGGCUCGUCCACCAGCUCGCUAACGAGCCUGAUGCCCGCUCCAUGGAGGUGCCCAACCUGAAGCCCUACACCUACUACAGUUUCCGCAUGCGGCAGGUGAACAUCGUGGGCACCAGCCCCCCCAGCCUGCCCUCCCGGAGAAUCCAGACCCUCCAGGCCCCCCCGGACACGGCACCCGCCAACGUCACCCUGAGGACAGCCAGCGAGACCAGCCUGUGGCUGCGCUGGAUGCCCCUUCUGGAGCAGGAGUACAACGGGAACCCCGACGCUGUGGGCUACAAGAUCCGGUACGCACGCUCGGACGGGCGAGGGCAGCCGGCGAUGCAUGUCAUCCACGACCGCGUGGAGCGGGAGUACACCAUCGAGGACCUGGAGGAGUGGACCGAAUACCGGGUGCAGGUCCAAGCCUUCAAUGCCAUCGGCUCAGGGCCCUGGAGCCGCUCGGUGGUGGGACGCACCCGGGAGUCAGUGCCCUCCUCCGGCCCCAGCAACGUUUCGGCGCUGGCCACCUCCUCCAGCAGCAUGCUGGUGCGAUGGAGCGACAUCCCCGAGGCAGACUGCAACGGCCUCAUCCUGGGCUACAAGGUGAUGUACAAGGAGAAGGACUUAGACACGCGUGCCCAGUUCUGGCUGGCGGAGGGCAAUGCCUCCCGCAGCGCCCAGCUGACCGGGCUGGGCAAAUACACGCUGUACGAGAUCCGUGUGCUGGCCUUCACCAGGAUCGGUGACGGUGUGCCCAGCCAGCCCCCCGUCCUCGAGCAGACGCUGGAUGAUGUGCCUGGGCCCCCCGUGGGGAUCCUCUUCCCCGAAGUGAGGACCACCUUGGUGCGGCUCAUCUGGCAGCCACCCGCGGCACCCAACGGCAUCAUCCUGGCAUACCAGGUCACCCACCGCCUCAACACCACCGCCGUCAACUCGGCCACCGUGGAGGUGCUGGAGCCCAGCGCCCGGCAGUACACGGCCACCGGCCUCCAGCCCGAGGCAACCUACCUUUUCCGCAUCGCAGCGCAGACCCGCAAGGGCUGGGGCGAGGCGGCCGAAGCUCUCGUGGUGACCACGGAGAAGAGAGACCGCCCGCAGCCCCCCGGGAAGCCGCUGGCCCAGCAGGAGGAGGUGCGAGCCCGCAGCGUGAUGCUCUCCUGGGAGCCGGGCAGCGACGGGCUCUCCCCAGUCCGCUACUACACGGUGCAGAGCCGCGAGCUGCCCGACGGCGAGUGGGCACUGCACUCUGCCUCCGUCAGCCACAACGUCACCGCCUUCGUCGUGGACAGGCUGAAGCCCUUCACCUCCUACAAGUUCCGUGUGAAGGCGACGAACGACAUCGGGGACAGCGAGUACAGCGAGGAGUCGGAGUCGCUCACCACCCUGCAGGCAGCCCCCGAGGAAGCCCCCACCAUCCUCUCCGUCACCCCACAUACCACCACGUCGGUGCUCAUCCGCUGGCAGCCCCCAGCCGAGGACAAGAUCAACGGGAUCCUGCUGGGUUUCCGCCUCCGCUACCGCGAGCUGGUGUACGACAGCCUGCGCGGCUUCACCCUGCGCGGCAUCGGCAACCCUGGUGCCACGUGGGCCGAGCUCACCCCCGUCUACGCCGUGCACAACCUCAGCGAGGUCUCCCUCACCCAGUAUGAGCUGGACAACCUAAGCAAGCACCGGCGCUACGAGAUCCGCAUGAGUGUGUAUAAUGCCGUGGGCGAGGGCCCCCCCAGCCCCCCCCAGGAGGUCUUUGUGGGUGAAGCGGUGCCCACCGGCGCGCCGCAGAACGUGGCGGUGCAGGCGGCCACGGCCACCCAGCUGGAUGUCACCUGGGAACCGCCACCGGCCGAGAGCCAGAACGGGGACAUCCAGGGCUACAAGAUCCACUUCUGGGAGGCCCAGAGCCAGAACGAGAGCGCGCGGGUGAAGACGCUCUUUCUGCCCGAGAACGGGGUGAAGCUGAAGAACCUGACGGGGUACACCUCGUACUGGGUCAGCGUCGCCGCCUUCAAUGCUGCGGGAGACGGACCCCGCAGCCCCCCCGUCAAGGGGCGAACGCAGCAGGCAGCCCCCAGCGCUCCCGGGUCCAUCCGAUUCAGCGAGCUGACCACCACAUCAGUGAACGUGUCCUGGGAGCCACCACCACUGCCCAACGGCGUCCUCGAGGGCUACAGGCUGGGCUACGAGCCCUGCAUGCCCGUGGACGGUGUCAGUAAGAUCGUGACAGUGGAUGUGAAAGGGAACAGCCCGCUGUGGAUGAAGGUGAAGGACCUGGCCGAGGGUGUGACAUACCGGUUCCGAAUCCGGGCCAAAACCUUUGCCUACGGGCCAGACGUUGAGGCAAACAUCACCACUGGGCCUGGGGAAGGUGCCCCCGGCCCCCCUGGCGAGCCCUUCAUCUCUCGCUACGGCUCAGCUAUCACCAUCCACUGGUCGAGUGGGGACCCCGGCCAAGGACCCAUCACCAGAUACGUCAUCGAAGCCCGUCCUUCAGACGAGGGGCUCUGGGACAUCCUCAUCAAAGACAUCCCCAAGGAGGUGACCUCCUACACCUUCAGCACGGAUAUCCUCAAGCAGGGGGUCAGCUACGACUUCCGUGUCAUCGCUGUGAAUGACUAUGGCUAUGGGACCCCCAGCACGCCUUCCCCCUCCGUGUCAGCCCAGAAAGCCAACCCGUUCUAUGAGGAGUGGUGGUUCCUGGUGGUCAUCGCCCUGGUGGGGCUCAUCUUCAUCCUCCUGCUCGUCUUUGUGCUCAUCAUCCGCGGGCAGAGCAAGAAGUACGCCAAGAAGUCAGACUCAGGGAACGGUUCCAAGGCGACCGCCCUGAGCCACGGCGAGAUGGUGAGCCUGGACGAGGGCAGCUUCCCCGCCUUGGAGCUCAACAACCGGCGUCUCUCCGUCAAGAACUCCUUCUGCCGGAAGAAUGGCAUCUACACCCGGUCCCCGCCACGGCCCAGCCCCGGCAGCCUCCACUACUCGGACGAGGACGUGACCAAGUACAACGACCUGAUCCCUGCCGAGAGCAGCAGCCUGACGGAGAAGCCCUCCGAGGUCUCCGACUCUCAGGGCAGCGACAGCGAAUAUGAGGUGGACCCUGGCCACCAGAAAGCCCACUCCUUCGUCAACCACUACAUCAGUGACCCUACCUACUACAACUCGUGGCGGCGGCAGCAGAAGGGCAUCUCACGGGCGCAGGCGUACAGCUACACCGAGAGCGACUCAGGGGAGCCCGACCACGCGCCCCUCUCCAACAGUACCUCCACGCAGCAGGGCAGCCUUUUCCGCCCCAAAGCCAGCAGGACUCCCACCCCCCAGACCCCCGGCAACCCCCCCAGCCAGCCCGGCACACUCUACCGUCCACCCAGUAGCCUGGCCCCUGGUUCCAGAGCCCCCAUCGCUGGAUUUUCUUCUUUUGUUUGAUAUUUAAACAGAAGCAAAAACAAACAGGAGGAAAAAAAAAACAUAAAAAAAAAAAGAAAAAAAGAAAAAAAAAG